AUGGAAGAUGUGUGGAAAGACAUAAGCCUUGCUUCUUUUUCUCAUGCUAAUGACCACCACGGUCACCGCCCUCCGGCUGCUGCUGCUUUUCGUGGCAUGAUUUUUCAAGAUUUCUUCGCUACUUGUGCUUCUUCCAACAAAGACAAGGGCCGACCACCACCUCAACCAACAAUUGCAGCACCAGCCACUGUUCUUAGCUUGAAUUCCGAUAUUCAACUCCUUCCUGAAAGCACUACUAGUACCCCUCCUGCUCCUCUAUUGAAGCACCCAGUUAACCCACAACUUUUGCAAACUAGUCAUGCCGCUACGCCUUCCUUUCAUUUUCUCAACUCUUCCAGCUGCUCCGAUGCUUUAGAUUCCUCUUCACUCUUUCAUGUGCCUUCUUACUACAACAAAAGGAAAAGGCCCAUAGAUCAUCAUCAUCAUCAAAGUAAUGAUCAGAAUUCCAGAGACCGCCGGCAUAAGCGCAUGAUCAAGAAUAGAGAGUCAGCUGCUCGCUCCAGAGCCCGAAAGCAGGAACCUUUCUAA